AUAACCCCAGGAACAGUUGCCCCUACGUACCUGCCUGCUUGUACAUGGAUUGAGCGAGGGGACAAGAAAUCACACACCCACACGUGCAUUAUUCCUGCCUGACCUACCAUCAUCUACUGUUAGCACUCACUCACUCACUACAACUGACCUGUCAAAGAGCAAACGGCAGAAAAACCCCAGGCGCUCCUUUAAAACCAGGGAGAGGGGCCCACUCGCUCCAGCAUGCCAGACAUCAACUCUCUGCCUCCCUCCUCGGCCCUAUCAUCACCACCACCACCCCUUGCCUCGUCGUCAGCCUCCUCUCAAGCCGCAACAUCGGCGGGCCCAGUCUCAGCUUCUGCCUCCGCCUCCGCCUCUGCUUCUGCUGCCACCUCCACAAUGUCGGCCAAUGCCAACGCCAACGGCAGCGAGCCCAUCCCGGCCCACGGCCACAACGGCUCGCCCUCUCCAAGCCGUUCCGCCUCAACCUCCUUGCAGGCUGCAGCCGCCGUCAACGCUGGUCUGCAGCAUGAGCGCUCUUCCAACUCGCGGAGAUCCUCUGGCUCUCUCUCGCGUCACCUCACCUCUCCCACCAACGGACGAAGGCGGUCCCAGGUCCUCCACAACCUACAGAUCAACGACCCCUCCGUACCUGGGCCUGGCGAGAUGGUUCCUGACUCAGCCCAUCCGCCCACCCACGGCCACGGCCACCGGAGUAGCUUCACCAGCCCAACUGGCCCUAGCAUCGGCUCGCCCCUGUUGAUGGCCGAUCCGCAUCACAACAGAGCUCCGAGCUUGGGCGAACUCCACCAGGAGCUUGAGGCUGAGCAGGAGGCUCAAGUGAACCGCCUACUAUCCCAGAUUCGCCAGCAACAGGCUCAAAUCCUGCAACUCCAGUCUCACCAGAACCAGUCAUCCUCGGCCAUCGCAGGUGACGAGUCGCCCGGUGUGACCACUCCAGGCCCUGGAGCACAACCUAUAUCCACAUCGUCAAAUCCUCCCUCCACAGCACCGAACCCGUCGGCCUCGGGCUCGCUCCCUCGAUCGCCCAUCUUCCCUCGCAGCUCCUUCGAUCUGGCGCGCAGUGACCUGCGACACCGGUCCCGAACCCCCAGCCGCGGUGCGUCGCCACGCCUUCGAUCUACGUCUAUCAGCCAGGAUAGCGGGGAACCGUUCGCGCUGGGCGGAAGGGACGAGAGCGCGUUCUAUCAGGCCGAGACUCAGAUGUUGACCAGGGAGAACCAGAUGCUCCGGCAUCGCAUCCGAGACCUAGAACGACAACUAGCAGAGAUCACUCCCGGCGGCAACACCGCUUCGGUGACACACGAGCCCGCACACCACUCAGGCCUGACCCGUUCGGAGUCAGUCUCUGAAGAAAACAGACCUACCGGCGUUGCACAGGGCACCCAUGCUCUACCCAUUCGAGAGACCCCCAAGGACGAGUGAGAACUUGUUUUUUUCGGGCGCGGUUUUGAUGUGAUGGUGCUACCUACGGGUGGACACGAGUAGCAGAUUGCGGCACAAGGCCCCAUAGCGAGCGCAAUUCGGAACAGAAGGAACGUGAAACUCUCCGGCAUGCUUGUACGACCACUUGACCUGUAAUGCUGUGUUUGGGGGUGUUGGCGUUGGCGGCAAAUACCUAAAUAGUGAACAGUGAUAGACCCCCCGACGGUUUGAAUUUAGACGGCACAGAUCAUGCCCGUCCCCCAGAAAA